AUGACUCGUAUGUUCCUAUGGUAUUUUAUUGUAACAUUAAAUUUUGCUACGAAAAUUCGUGCUGUUAUUGAUACAGUGCCCAGCGAUUUUUUCUUUUCAAGCAAUGUACCAGAAGCAACGAGCAAGUUUGUAAAUGCUUGUAAUAUAGCUAAUGGAUCGUUCGAAUAUUUCAAUCAUACUAUGGUUGGUCCACAAAAUGAAGAGUUACAAGCAACAGUUUGUGUAGUUGGUAAGUCUGAUGCACGCGGGGUAGUUUUCACGAUAUCAGGCACCCAUGGUAUCGAAGGCUAUGCUGGAUCUAUGGCACAGAUCAGUUUACUUCACAUGUCUGACAUGGUUCUUUGGAAAAAUAUAAAGAUUGUUAAUUUGCACAUGAUCAACCCUUAUGGAGCAGCUUAUACGACCAAGGAAAAUGAAGAUAAUGCUGAUCAAUUGAAAAAUGUAGCGGCUUACUACAAUCUAAAUUACGAUAAUGCGAUUUUACAGGAGUUGAUUGACGGUAUUGAUCUGCCAAAUUUAAAUAAUAUGACUACACUACAAAACGCAUUUUUAACUUUUCAAAAAUUACAAACAAAAUACGGUGCCGAAGCGGUCAACUUGGCUCUCAAAACUGGCCAAGGUAAACGACCACAAGGCGUUGCCUAUUUUGGAUUAUCGAAAUCAUGGUCAAGUCAAAUCAUAGACGGAGUCAUAAGCAAAUAUGUUGGCAAACCGGAGAAAAUUCUUUUGAUUGAUUGGCAUACUGCUGUAGGUAAUUACGGCUAUUGGACAUAUUUAGCAUUAGAUAGUGACACAGCAGAUAUAUUCAAAAAAUGGGUACCGGCUGCUUCAACAGAGCCUUACGAUAUUGGUUUGCCCACAGGUGGCGAAGUGGCCUAUACUUUUGUCAAAGAGAGAACAGGUGCUAAACGUGUCUUCCGCGUUACCUGGGAGGCUGGCACUUACAAUGUCACUCCAAAUACGAAUGCCAUGUUUUUCCAAAGAUUACACUGUCGUUUCUAUGGUAGUGCUACAGAACCAUUCUGUCAACAAGUUAUUGCCAAUACGAAAGAAUAUUUCUAUCCUCAAGGUGCCAAUUGGAAAAAUUUGACGUAUUAUGAUAUCAAUCGAGUUCUUCCUCUCGUAUUGUCCGGUUUUGCAAAUGAAGAAGUCAAUUGCGGCCCUUUAGCACAGGUAUCAAUACUCCUUAUUGUUAUGGGACUUUUUUAUUCGCUUACAUUUCCACAAAAACUAAUAGAUUGA